GCAUUUAGCUCUCUCUCUAAAAUCUUUGAAUGGUAUCCAAAAACCCGAACCCGCCCGAGGGUUUCUACUUGGAUCCGACUGGUAUGGCUCUGCCCGGGUUGCCACCCUUCGCCUCCGUCUCCGCUGCCGCUGCCACUGCCACGGCGGCUUCCGCCACGAACUCGUCGGAGGAAGCCGCCAAGAAGAUCCGGAAGCCCUACACUAUCACCAAGUCGAGGGAGAACUGGACCGAACCCGAACACGACAAGUUCCUCGAAGCGCUUCAACUGUUUGACCGUGACUGGAAAAAGAUUGAAGCAUUUGUUGGAUCAAAGACUGUUAUACAGAUACGUAGCCAUGCGCAGAAAUACUUUCUAAAAGUUCAGAAGAGUGGGACAAGUGAACAUCUUCCUCCACCCAGGCCUAAAAGAAAAGCUGCCCACCCAUAUCCUCAAAAAGCUUCCAAAAAUGCUCCUGUACUCUCACAAGUACCAGGAUCUUUUCAAUCUUCAUCUGCUUUGCUUGAACCUGGAUACAUCCUGAAGAAUGAUUCCUUACCAAUGCUUAAUACGCCUAUUUUGAACACUGUGGUGUCCUGGUCCAACAACACCUCACAAACUGCCAAUUUAUCCCCUGUGACAAAAGUGAACAAUCCUUGUAGUAGCAGUGAAAGCACUCCUAAAGUGUGGCCGGUUGGUGAAUCUAAAGUUCAAGGGAAUAAAAACCAUCCAUUAAGAGUUCUUCCAGAUUUUACUCAGGUAUACAGCUUCAUUGGCAGUGUAUUUGACCCAGGUGCAGCUGAGCAUCUGCAAAAACUAAAAAAGAUGGACCGUAUAGAUGUUGAGACGGUGCUACUGUUGAUGAGAAACCUGUCUAUCAAUUUAACUAGUCCAGAUUUUGAGGAUCAUAGAAAGCUGCUUUCAUCAUAUGAAGUUGAACCAGAGACAAAUAACUAUAUCAAUGCAGAGAGACCCAUGCACGAUGAGCAGUUGAAGAGUGCUACUUAAAUGGGGUGGGGGUAGUUCAAUGCAAUCAUGUUUUUAUUAUCUUGCAUGAUGUGGUAAGUUAGCGUUGGAAAGGCAACAAGCGGAGAGGUUCGAAUCAGAGUCUCAGAUAAUUUUUGAUCCUGCUCUAGUUUUAUAUUGCUGUUGCUCGUCAUCUCAUCAUUCAUUAUAUUAUCUUGUAUAUAUGAAUCAACCUAUUAUAAAAGAAAAUAAUAAUGUGAGAAUGUAUAGUUGUUUCCUAGUUUUGUGUAGGUCUGUACAGCACCUAAUUUGUGUAUUAAAUUUAUCCAAACAUCAAAUAUUUGGAAGCAA